UCAAAUGAGCGUUCACUUGUGUGUUAGAAGGUGCAAAUUUGGAGAAGAGACGGGAUUGUGAGGGAAUGUUUGAUACUUCGUGUAGAAAAAAGUAUUUUAUGUCCCGAGUCAGAUCCCCAGUACCAAGAAACAAAAAAAAAAAAAAGUAUGUUAUGGCCCAGAUUAAAGCUGAUAUGGGGCCGACAAGAUCAUGACUAUGUUGGGUGGUCCAAUUGAACUGGCCCUUUUCUAAAGAGAAGCCUAGAGGAAAGACUGGUCAUCUCUUCCAAAUCUCAGAACAAUGGCUCAGGGAUCAGUAUCAUUCAAAGAUGUUACUGUGGACUUUAGUCAGGAGGAAUGGCAGCACCUAGAUUCUGCUCAGAAGACCCUAUACAUGGAUGUGAUGUUGGAAAACUAUUGCCACCUUAUCUCUUUGGGGUAUGACAUGACCAAGCCUGAUAUGAUCCUUAAGUUGGAGCAAGGAGAAGAGCCAUGGACAUCAUUUGCAGAUCAUGCCUGCUUAAAAGAAAACUGGAAAGCUGAAGACUUUUUAAUGAAAUUCAAGGAACACCAAGAUAAAUAUUCUAGAUCAGUUGUGUGCAUUAAUCAUAACAAACUGAUAAAGCAGAAGAGUAGUAUAUGUGAAAAGACACUUGCCAUAGUCAAAAAGCCUAUUAAUCAAAAAAAUCUGUCUCCUAAAUAUGACACUCAUGGAAAGACUUCAGAAAAUGUUUCAGAAUUAAUAAUCAGUAAUGUGAGUCCUGCAAGAAAAAGACUUAAUGAGUAUAAUGAAUAUGGGAAAUUAUUCUUUAAUACUAAGCAAGAACUAGCUCAUCCUGAAAUCAAAUCCUUUAAUCAAAGUGGUAGACCUUUUAGUCACAAUGCUGUGAUUAUGCAAUAUCAGAACAUGAUAAUUCCAACACAGUCAUUUGCAUAUCAUUACUGUGAAAAGCCAUUCCUAAAAAAGGAAGGCUUAAUUACACCUAAUAGGACAUAUAGAGGGGAAACCCCAUCUGUAUAUACUAAAAAGAAAAGAGCAACCAAUAUUGAAAAAAAACAUACCUGCACUGAAUGUGGGAAGUCUUUCUGCAGGAAGUCAGUAUUGAUACUUCAUCAGGGAAUUCACACAGAGGAAAAACCCUAUCAAUGUCAUGAGUGUGGAAAUGCAUUUAGAAGGAAGUCAUAUCUUAUUGACCAUCAAAGAACUCACACAGGAGAGAAACCCUUUGUUUGUAAUGAAUGUGGCAAGUCCUUUCGCCUAAAGACAGCCCUCACUGAUCAUCAGAGAACACAUACAGGAGAGAAGUCCUAUGAGUGUCCAGAAUGUAGGAAUGCUUUCAGAUUGAAGUCACACCUCAUUCGUCAUCAGAGAACACACACAGGAGAAAGACCAUAUAUAUGUAAUGAUUGUGGGAAGUCCUUCCGCCAGAAAACGACUCUUUCUUUACAUCAAAGAAUUCAUACAGGGGAGAAACCUUAUAUCUGUAAAGAAUGUGGAAAGUCUUUUCACCAGAAGGCAAACCUUACUGUACACCAGAGGACUCAUACAGGAGAGAAGCCUUAUAUUUGUAAUGAAUGUGGGAAAUCCUUCUCUCAGAAGACAACCCUCGCUCUUCAUGAGAAAACUCAUAAUGAGGAGAAACCCUAUAUUUGUAGUGAAUGUGGAAAGUCCUUCCGCCAGAAGACAACCCUUGUAGCACAUCAGAGAACACACACAGGUGAGAAAUCUUAUGAAUGUCCUCACUGUGGGAAAGCCUUCAGGAUGAAGUCCUAUCUCAUUGAUCACCACAGAACUCAUACAGGAGAAAAACCAUAUGAAUGUAAUGAAUGUGGGAAAUCCUUCAGUCAGAAAACAAAUCUCAAUCUACACCAGAGAAUUCAUACAGGGGAGAAGCCUUACAUCUGUAAUGAAUGUGGGAAGUCAUUUCGUCAGAAGGCAACCCUUACUGUACAUCAGAAAAUACAUACCGGGCAGAAAUCCUAUGAAUGUCCUCAGUGUGGGAAAGCCUUCAGCAGGAAGUCAUAUCUGAUUCAUCAUCAAAGAACUCACACAGGAGAGAAACCAUAUAAAUGUAAUGAAUGUGGAAAGUGCUUCCGACAGAAGACAAAUCUCAUUGUUCAUCAAAGAACUCACACAGGUGAAAAACCUUAUGUUUGUAAUGAAUGUAGUAAAUCCUUCAGUUAUAAGAGAAAUCUGAUUGUCCAUCAGAGAACUCAUAAGGGAGAAAACUUGGAAAUACAAUAGAUGAAGUGAUUUCUUUGUGAAGCCUAUUAUAAUCCUUUAGUUUUAGAAAGAAAAGCAUGCUUAAACAUGUUCAUGUGAUUUUAAUCACAAAUUAGUAAUAAUUAUUAAAAUCACAUUAUAUAACUACCCUUCUCAAGCAUAAGAAAAAGAUAUGAUUUUUAUUGAACACAGUUGUCUAUAAAGCUAAAGAUUUUAGCUGUCCCUGCUGACUCAAAUGCUUUAUUAAAAAAUACUUAUAUAAAUAUAAAAGUUUAAAUUAUCUGAAUUAAGCUCUAUAAGAGAAAAACUAUGAAAUUCUCAUUCUGUAUAAUGAAGUGUAAUUUUUUGUUCCUCUCUCAAAAAUGACUUCCCUGACUUACAGUUUUUGCAUGUUUUUAAACUAUAUUUUCAAACAUAUAUUAUGAAUUCCUUUCUGUCCUUAUUUUACUGAACAUGUUAAAGAUUUGUACAUUAUUGCACGUGGCAGUAGUGUAUUCAUUUUCUAUACUAUUCCAUUUUAAGAAUAUAC